UUAUCACUGGGCAUACCCAAAGCAAGCACAAUAGCUACGCGUUGCAGCUCUCCUCCUGAGAGUGUUUUCACUUCCUGGUCCAUAAUGUUUUCUAAAUUCAUGGGCUUCAACACAUCCGUCUGGAACUGUGGAAGCAUGAACGCCUGCUUGAUCUGCUUAAGCAACAGCAUGCGGACGGUUCCAGGGAACUUGGGUGAGAUUGUUUGGGGCUUAAGCGAGACAGACAGAGUUUGUUUGUCUGCCUCCUCGUCUGGUGUGUCGCCAGCCAAAAGCCGAACAAAGGUGGUCUUUCCUGUACCAUUCUCCCCCAACAUCACGAUAAUCUCGGAAUCGGUAAAGCUCCCAGCUUCCACCGUGAGUUUGAAUGAUCCUAAGGUUUUAUGUCGGGUUUUGUCGAUUGCAAGCUCCUCGGCCGUCUCUACCAUUUUAAAUGAAAGAGAUUCUUCGCGGAAUCGCAAGUUCUCGGUAGGGAUGAAGCCGUCCAGGAAAAUGUUGAUACCUAUAAGGUGUGGACACUGA